AUGGCUUCCUACUUGGCUGUCCCGUUGAAAAGAACGAAUGAAGUUGAUCUAGUCAGACCUCUGAGACGAUUUAUUGAAAACACGUACAGCAGUGCCCAGCCAGACGAUUACAACAAUGCCCUCAGCGAAUUCAAUAAGUUACGAAACUCCAUGAUGACCAAAUCAGUGGACAAACACGAAUCAGCGUUGGAAGUUCUCUACCGGUAUUAUGAUCAACUGGUGGCUAUUGAAAGCAAAUUACCCAUGGCAGAAAAUCAGACAUCAUCUCAGGUCCCUGUUACCCCAAUCAGAGUUCAGUUUAAGUGGAGGGAUGCUUUUGACAAAGAGUCGUUGUUUUCAGGCAAAAGAACACUGGCAAUAUCAUCUGGGAGCUAUGAGAAAGUGUGUAUGCUGUUUAACAUCGGGGCGUUACAGAGUCAGAUAGCAUCUGUGCAGAGCCUGGAGAGCGAUGAGGGGCUGAAGAUGUCCGUCAAACUCUUCCAACAAUCCGCAGGUGUGUUUGGUCACCUGAAGGAUAUUGUGCUGUCUCACAUACAGCAGGACCCCACCCCUGACAUGAACCCUGAUACCCUCAACGCCCUCUCAGCCCUAAUGUUGGCCCAGGCUCAGGAAAGCUUCUUCAGAAAAGCCACUGCUGACCGAAUGAAGGAGGGAGUGAUAGCUAAGGUGGCUGGCCAGUGCUCUGAUCUCUAUGCUGAUGCCAUGAAACUGAUGCAGCUUACGUCGAUCAGAGACCUUUGGCCUAGGGACUGGAUAUCCUGUGUUGUGAUGAAGCAGGCGGCCUUUCAUGGCUUGUCAGAGUACUACCAGAGCUGUGUGUGUAAACAGUCCAAGUCCUAUGGAGAGGAGAUUGCCAGACUCAAGCAUGCCAAGGAAUUAAUGCAGGCCGCACAAAACAGAGGUGGAAAUACCUUCUGUUUUAAAACUGAUAUUGCGAGAAUAGAAAGAUGCCUAGAAGAUGCAGUUAAAGACAAUAACUUCAUUUACCAUGAUAAAAUUCCUGAUGUCAAAAGUCUUAAUCCAGUCGGGAAGGCUCCAGUCGCCAAAGCUUUACCAUUAAACAGUACAAUGAGUGAGAGGUUUACAGACUUGUUUGAAAAACUUGUGCCUUUGGAGGUCCAUAAUGCUCUGAUGGCGUUUGAGAACCGUAAAGCAGAAAUCAUCAACUUGGAGGUGUCCAGACUGAGAGAUGCCACUCAGUUAAUGAACAGUAUCUUGGCAUCGCUAAAUCUACCGGCGUCAAUUGAGGACUUGUCUGGGACCAAAGUACCUGAGUCUCUGCUGGAGAAGGCUCAGAAGAUGAAGGAUGAGGGAGGGAUUCAGUUCCUGGACAAACUGAUGCAGGAGUUACCCAGCCUGCUGACCCGGAACAGGGAGAUACUAGACGAGUCCUGGAAGAUGUUAGAUGAAGAGGAAGCAUCAGACAAGCAGCUUCGGGAGCAGUUCAAAGAGAAGUGGACAAGGACCCCUUCACAGAACCUGACCGAGCCAAUGAGAGCUGAAGGAAAUAAAUACCGCGGCAUCCUAGACGCCGCCACUCAGGCUGACGCCAUCGUACAGCAGAAAUAUGCCACCCACAAAAAGGCGUUCGAUAUUUUGUCCAAGCCACAGUCAGAGAUAGAGAAUUGCCUACCGUCUGCCAACCCGACAGCAGCCAUACAGAACACCCCCUGUGUGCAGGAACUUAGGAAGCUGAUGGAGGAGGUAGAGACCAUCAAGGCUGAGCGUGACACAAUCGAGCACGAGAUCAAAGAGGCAAAGUUUGAUAUGUCUUCUAAGUUCCUUUCUGCACUGGCUGAGGACGGGGCCAUCAACGAGGAGUCUCUGUCUCAAGACCAGUUAAACUCUGUCUACAUGCCACUAAGGGAACAGGUCUCCAGCAGUCUGAGCAGGCAGGAGGCUUUGCUCGGAAAAAUACAGAGCAACAACACAGAGUUCUGUAAAGCCAAACAGUCUAACCAGGCUGCUGCUGAGAGGGAAAAGGUCCUGAGUGAACUGGCCGCAGGCUAUGACAUGUACAUGGAGCUCAAGUCUAACCUCAUGGAGGGCACAAAGUUCUACAAUGACUUGACUCCGCUCUUAGUAAAAUUCCAAAGCAAAGUGUCUGACUUUUGCUUUGCGCGGAAAACUGAGAAGGAUGAGUUGAUGUCUGAUCUACAGAAGAGUAUCGCUAACCAGCCUGCCCAGGCUCCUCCUCAAACCCCACAGUACCAGCAGACUGGUUCUGCUGACCAGAAAGCUGCCCCUCCUCGCCCCCCGCGCAUCUCCAACACCCCAUCCUCUUCUUCACAACCAGCCACCUCCACCGCUGGUCAGUCUAGCUCCGCUCCUCAGAGGCCAGUGCCGACACCCCGAAGAGCACCUCCACCCAGGCCCACCCAACCACCCACCACCCAGCCUGCCCCAACGGGAGCUGCUAACCCUCCAUCUUAUGGUUCCACAUCGCAGCCCCAGGGUGGGGCGGCCUCUGCCCCGUCAGCACCCCAGCAACAACAUCAGCCUCACCAGCCACAGCAGCAAAACUACAACCCGUAUGGAGCCCCUGACCAUAGCCCAGGCUACCCAUCUCAGUAUGGGGGAGGUUUCCCAAUGCCCAUGCCCAUGGGGUACAAUCCAUACAUGAACUAUACCCAGCCCCAGAACCCUUACGGCCAGCCACCAGGAUACCCCGGGUAUGGUGGGAUGCCUCCUCAUGGCUACCCCCAGCCCACAGGAUACCCCUACCCACAAGCCCCGGGCUACCCUCAGCAAACACCUUACCCGCAACAAGGCUACCCCCAACAACAGUGGCGUUAAACGCUCUUGCUGAAGCAAAAUGUGAUAUAUACCAAUGUUUGUUAAUAGUCUGCAGAAAAUGGCCAUAGUGUAGAGUGGCACUUCAUUUUUCGCCGUAUCCUGUGGAAUUUUUUAUUUAAGUCUGCUGUCUAGUAGUCUAGAGGAUCAAUUCAUGUAAAACUGUCUUCAAUAAUAUGUAUAUAUUUAGAAUUAAAUAUAGAAUAAGCGGCCUGUACAAUGAGUGCAUACAUUCUGUUACCCAAAGUUUGACCUGCUUAUCCAGUAGUGUCAUAUCCCAGCAGAUAUGUAUAUAUAUAUAUAUAUGUAAGUGUAUAUAUAUAUAAGCAUAUAAUAUAUAUAAGCAUCUUCAAAAUGAAGCUUAUUCUGGUCGUUCUUAAAGCUUGUUUUAUUUUUCUUGUCAUAUGGCGCAUGUGAGCUCAUGUGUAAUAUGUACAUGAAGAACUAUUUAUGGUUCUGCGAAGAUGAAAAAGCCUACAGAUACCACCUAGUUGGAUUUAUAUAUUGUGGGGAUUUAUAUACUACUGGCAAAGGAUUUAGAGAUCUUGUAGGAUUUUUCAGAGCUUUAACUAACGCUCAUAUUAAAUAUUAAUAUUUUCAUGCACAUUGGCUCCUUGAAUUCUGGAAUGAAACUUUUUUGGGGAUGCAAAUAUAUCCUUUAAACUUUUUUUGCUUUUCCUUUUUUUUUUUUC